CCGGCAGAUUGCCCUAGUAACCGGAAGUCUCCUCCAGACCGCGGGAAGGCGGAAUCUAGGUUGUGAUUGGUCAGGACACCUGUCAGUCUGCUGGUGGCUGUGGCCCUCUUUCUCUAGCAAUUGGAGAAAAUGAAUGCCAAUCUGCGAAUCCUGUGUGUGACUGGAUAUAUCGCUGAGGGGGCGGAACCUCGGGACUGGAUAAUAUGGACUGAGUGUCAUUUCCCCUGUCAGAUAGCAAAUACACCCCCUUCCUCUUGUAACCGGGUCAGGCCUAGGGCUCCUCCCUGAGUUCCAGAAUAGGCCACCCAGUUGGGGCGGACCCUUAAGGCAUUCUGGGCCCACGCCUACCUAUAAAGCCUCAUAGUGUGACCUUUGACCCCUGGUGUGAUCUUGGGCCCGGGCUGGGACCAGCCCCUAGUGUGGGUUGUGGGGGCAGCCAUGGAGCUGGGCAGCUGCUUCAAGACCUAUGAGGACUUCAAGGAGUGCUUCAGCGCCUACAAAAGGGAGAACAGGUGCUCCUUCAUUCUCAGGGACUGCGUCUCCGUCCGCUUCCACAACCUCAACCAUGGCACCUCCAUCCGCGAGGACAUCCUGUAUGUGCAGGUGAAAUUUGUCUGCAUUCGGACCCAGUCAAACAGGAAGAGAACGCGAGAGGCAGACAUGUGCCCAGCAUACUUGCUCCUAAGGUACAACGAGAGACUAGAUAGACUAUUUAUCAGUGAACUAAACACACAGCACAUACAUGGUGACUCUAAAGUGGCUAGUCCUGGAGGAGACACCACUGGCAAAUCUCAGAAGACAAUGUGCCUGCAGAGACUCCAGCCUGUGCAGCCCACAACCAAAAAAGACCUUGACACUGCUGAGAAGUCCCUGGUUGAGCCAUCAUUUUGCCUAGAUAAGGUACAAGUAUCCUCAAAGCCAGAGCAGGAAGGCAUCACUCCUUCUGACCUGGCCAAGAUAGCAAAAGUGAUGAAGAACUUUCUUAAGGUAGAUGAGGGUUCCAUGGCUUCCUUCAGUGUGGGUGACAGCCAACACCUGGACCGGCUCAGCUUCCAGAGCAGUAAGAUGAGCGACCUGUUCAUCCGCUUCCCAGAGAAUCUCUUGCUACACCGGGUGGAGAACACCCAGGGCCACAUCCUCUAUGCUUUCUUGGUGGAGAACAAGGAACGAGAAAGUCGAGUGGUGCACUUUGCUGUGCUCAAGGCGGAGACAGCCACCUCUGUGGCCAAGAUGCUGAGCAUCUUCACAGAGUUCAACUCCGAUUGGCCCAAGGUCAGGGUGGUCUUUGUGGACCCUUCAUUCCAUUACCGGGCUAUCCUGCAGGAGAUCUUUCCUGCUGCCCGCAUCCUCCUUUCCAUCUACCACACAACUCGACUCUUGGAGAAGAAGUUGCAUCGUAGUUCAGCAAAUCCAUCCUUUAAAAGGCUCAUGAAGGAAGCCCUGCGGGAGGCCGUGUUUGUCACUUCCGAAGCCAGCCUGAAAAAUCUCUGCCAGAUGUCCCAGGCCCUACUGGAUGAGGAUCUCUUCAAAUUCCUGCAGGCCCACUGGUUCACCUGUGAACUGCUGUGGUACGUGCAUGUUAGGAAGGGCCUGCUUGCGUGUAACACCUACAUGGACAGCCUAGACAUUGUCACCAGCAAGGUGUCAAGCCUCUUUCGGGAACAGCAGUCCCUGCUGGACUGCAUCCUCUGCUUUGUGGAUUACAUAGACUUCUUUAAUACCAAAGGCUUGAAGAACUUGCCCACAGCUCCUCCCAAGUUAAAGAGAGCUCGGCCGGCAAGCAUGCCACUGAAGUCCAAGAAGGCUUUUGGAAUCUGUGGAGAGAGCCUUACCAGCCUCCCUGUAGAAGAGACCAAGCCAGAUCCACAGCAGGUACAGGUACAGCAGCAGUCACAGGUGCUGCCCUCGCAGGUUGGCAUGCUGGACACCUUGCACCAGAGUGGCUCUGAACUAGCCUACAAGCUGUGCCACAAUGAGUGGGAGGUGGUACAGAACUCCACCCACCUGGUGGACAUGGCUGGCUCUUCAGUGGACGUUCAGCUGCUAGAGGACUCUCACCAGGUUAGCAAAGAUGGCUGUAGCUGCAGCUGUUCCUUUCAACAGUGGUACCACCUGCCAUGCCGACACAUUUUGGCUCUACUGCACACCAGCCAGCAGCCGGUUGGUGAAGCCAUGGUGUGCCGCCGGUGGCAGAAGAAGUACCAGCACCUCCUUGGGCCCAAUGGGGAGCUCCAGGAUCGUGGUGUGAUCCCAAACACAGGCCAGCCUGAGAAGCAAGGACGGAACGACAUGAUUCAGGACCUAAGCAGGGAGUUAGCAAACCUGCUCAUGCAGACCGAGGGGCCAGAGCUGGAGGAACGCUACUCCACCCUGCGCAAGAUUGUGGAUAUCUGGGCUGGCACCUCCCAGCCAUCUGAGUUCCUUCAGCAGCCAGGAGACUUUAAGGACGUGGGCCGCCUCCCUUUCCUCUGGGGAAAGCAAGAAGAAGGGGAGGGAUUCCCUCCUGCUACAGCUGUCAUGCAUUAUUGAAGCACUUUAGCUAAAGCAUUGGACCACAAACACUUCUCCUUGGAAGUGUGAGAGUUUAAAGUGGGCAGGACAUACUGGGGGUCAGCAUUUUAGCCAAUGUCUUCCUAGGUAGGGCUAGGAAUAUUGUUACAGUAGAGAGGAACUCCACUGUGUGACAGUCCUUUCAAUCUCCCCCUUUUCAGCCCUACUUUUGGCAUUCCUUGGGAGCCUCAGUCGUUGUUCAAGGCCAAAGUUAUCUCCGUGCUGCAAGGUCACCCUCUUCCUCCCCCAGCCCCUGAGAUCAGAUCUUAUUUGCCCUGCAAAGAUGAAUCCCUGCCUCAGGAUAGGGUGAGACAAAAUCGGUCUGGUAAAAGGGCCUGUUUUCAGGGACAAAGGGAAUGAGGAUGAUCUUUGGCUGUUGCUGCUCUUUAUGAAGAAUCUUAUUUGUAACUUUUUAUUCAUAUUAAAGUUGUUUUUAAUAAACAAA